AUUUGUAGCUCCUGCAACCUUCGUCCUCUCAUUUUUUUCCUUUGAGGCUUGCGGCUCCGCUUUUCUCUCGACAAUGUCUGUUUCUGCAUCUUCUCCGUCAAGAACUUUGAAGAUAGGCAUAGUGGGCUUCGGCCGCUUUGCCCAGUUCCUGGCGCAAACCAUGGCGAAACAGGGUCACUCUUUAACCGCAACUUCGCGAACAGAUUACUCUGAUCUCUGUGCUUGUUUGGGCAUUCCAUUUUUCAGAGACAUGGAGAAAUUUCUUCAAGCUGAAAACGAUGUUAUAUUGCUAUGCACAUCAAUUUUAUCUUUAUCAGAGGUCCUCAAUUCAAUGCCAUUCCAUUAUCUGAAGCGGCCAACACUCUUUGUUGACGUGCUCUCAGUCAAAGAAUACCCAAGAGAAACUCUGCUGCAAGUAUUGCCAGAGGGUUCAGAUAUACUUUGCACUCAUCCCAUGUUUGGUCCAGAGAGUGGGAGGGAUGGGUGGAAAGGUCUAACUCUUGUGUAUGAGAGAGUUCGCGUAAGGGAUGAAGCUAUGUGCUCUAGUUUCCUCCAAAUAUUUGAGAGAGAGGGUUGCAGAAUGUUGAACAUGUCUUGCAAAGAACAUGAUAAGCAAGCUGCAAGAAGUCAAUUUAUUACUCAUGUCAUUGGCAGGGUCCUGGCAGAAAUGGCAAUUGAACCCACAUCUUUGGACACAAGGGGCUUUCAGACACUUGUUCAAUUGAAAGAGAGCACAACAAAAGACAGUUUUGACCUAUUCAGCGGGUUGUUUAUCCACAAUAAGUUUGCCAAACAAGAGCUAAAGAGCCUGGAGCUUGCUUUGGAGAAAGUUAAACAAAGGCUACUAGAGAAGAUGAAUGAGGAGCCAGGUCCAAGUGCAUCUAAGUAGCCACAGAUACGCAAGAUCUUGCUGCCAAAAUCAACAUAAUUCUUGACUAAUUUUAUAUUGCUUCUGCUUUAUGGAUCAAAUGGAUGCCUUGGCUUCUUGGAACCUGUUUCCUCUAGAAUGAAUCGAUUUCCUGUUUCAGUUUGAAGACCCAGAAUAAAUUGGGAGGAGAACCACACUGUUUCUGGACUUUUGUCAAAACACCAUAGCUUAGAAAGUAGUUGAUGAUCACUGUAAUAAGAGUAGAAAAGUUUGGGAAGCUCCCAAAAUUAAAGUAAUGCUGCUCUACUUUGGUGCAGGCCAUUCAAUGCUGAAAUAGCUUAUAGUAUACAAUUACACUAAA